AUGCACCUGCCGGGCUGCGCCCCAGCCAUGGCCGACGGCAGCUUCUCGCUCGCCGGGCACCUGCUCCGCAGCCCCAGCGGGAGCACCUCGCGGCUGCACAGCAUCGAAGCCAUCCUGGGAUUUACCAAGGACGACGGGGUCCUCGGCUCCUUCCCGGAGGAGCGGGCAGCCCGGGGCACCAAGGAGCGGGAUAGGAGGCCGGGCGCGCGGCCCUCCGGCCCCAAGGCGCCUGCCGGAGGCGCCGAACCGUCUCCGCCGCCCGCCCCGGCGCCAACCCCGGAGUACGAAGCCCCCCGCCCCUACUGCCCCAAGGAGACCGGGGAGCCUCGACCGAGCCCUGGGCUUCCUGGAGGACCGUCCGCCCCCGGCGACUCGAAGCUGUCGGAGGAGGAGCAGCCCAAAAAGAAGCAUCGACGGAACCGCACGACCUUCACCACGUACCAGCUGCACGAGCUGGAGCGCGCGUUCGAGAAGUCGCACUACCCCGACGUGUACAGCCGCGAGGAGCUGGCAGGCAAAGUCAACUUACCCGAGGUCCGAGUCCAGGUGUGGUUCCAGAACCGACGCGCCAAGUGGCGGCGGCAGGAGAAGCUGGAGGUGUCGUCCAUGAAGCUCCAGGACUCGCCCCUGCUCUCCUUCAGCCGCUCCCCGCCCGCCGCGGCCCUGGCGCCCCUCGGGGCGGGCCCCGGGGGCGGCGGCGGCGGGCCGGCGGGGGGCGCCCUGCCGCUCGAGUCGUGGCUCGGGCCGCCGCUGCCGGCCGGGGGCGCCACGGCGCUGCAGAGCCUGCCGGGCUUCGGGCCGCCGGCGCAGAGCCUGCCCGCCAGCUACACGCCGCCGCCGCCGCCCUUCCUGAACUCCCCGCCGCUCGGCCCCGGCCUGCAGCCCCUCGGGCCGCCGCCGCCGCCGCCGCCCGCCUACCCGUGCGGGCCCGGCUUCGGGGACAAGUUCCCGCUGGACGAGGCGGACCCGCGCAACAGCAGCAUCGCAGCGCUGCGCCUGAAGGCCAAGGAGCACAUCCAGGCCAUCGGGAAGCCGUGGCAGGCCCUCUAG